AGGAAAUAUUUUAAUUUUAAGUUCUUAUGUAGUUCUUGGAGAAAAAAGGGAAAAAAAGAAUUUAAGGUGUUUAGGAAAUGAUUCAAGACAUUUUAAGAUGGCGAAAGUUAGAAAGGUUGUGUUAGUAGUGUUAGUUUAUGAUUAAUUACUUUGUUGGCAUAUUAUUACUUCUUUUAGUUUGACUAAUCCUUUUUCAUCCUACUAUAAUGUAUUCACAUCCUCUGAUUUCAUAAAUUGUCAUAUUUCUUACUCCUUCAUUAAUUCCAUUUCUUCCUUAGUUCUCUUUUCUUUUUUUCCUGAUUUUAGUGAGACACAAAGCAUAUAAUUUAUCAUUUAUUAAUUUCCAUUAAAUAGAUACAUAUCUGAUCAUAAGAUUAUAUUAGUUGUCCUGAUUGUUGAAUAAGAUGGAAAGAAGACACCAUAUUUUCCAAUUGGUUGAUUAACCAGCUUGCUAGGUUUCUUAACAUUAGCUAUUUGUUUCCUUUCCUGAGCCAUAAGCAUUCACCACACCUGAUAACUAGGAGGAUAGCUACCCCAGUAAGAGCAAUGAUUUUUAUUCCAUUAUAUCCUGCAGGAAGGAAAGAGUUUUGUGUAGUAGAAGGAGAGAUAAUGUUUAUUAGCUGUUCCAUUGAUUUCAGAUGUUCAGAUGUACAAGGCUCAACUGGAGUAGGGGUAUAUAAUAAGCUGUUUCUAAGAUCUGAUAGAGAUUUAAGUGUAGCAAAGAGUCUUAUGGAUUCUUGUCUGGGUGAUCAUGAGUGGAAUCAUCUAGAUCUAGACGGGAAAUGUAAACUGCUGCAACGAUCAAUUGUUGAGGCGAAUACCGCGUCUUACGGGGGGGCCAGGCCUAAGCCAGUUAGAAAAGUGAUUCAACUGAGAAAGCUCCGAAAAGAACGGCAAGGAGCAGAGAAUCCCAGGAACAAAUUAUCAGUCAAAAGAGCUAACAAAAACGCCAAGAAUGAGGCAUGGUCGUCAGAGGACCAGGAAGCCUUAACAGCGGCAUCAAUGUUAUGCUUUGACUUAGGGGGAGAAAUACGGAAAAAAGAACUAGAAUUAACUAUUAGGAAAUCUAAUGAUCUUAGGCAGAGAAAAUCCAAAUUAGAUAAACAAUUUUGGAGUCUGGCUAGGC